CGAACUCAGGCUCGCGACCAACCCGCCGCUUGAUCUACACAAACGUCCCGCAAUGCUUCUUCUCUCGUGACACUUCUUCUCCUCACACGAGCACUCUGUUGCUACUUGUACCGUGGCCAGCUCUACCGAGUACCACCAGAUCACUUUUGGGUCUGUCUGCCAACGAUCGCAGUGGUUCUAGCCCUCGUCCGCCACCGCAGUCAUGGACAGACCGCCUUCCAGAUCACGAGCGCCUAUGAGCCUUGAGGCUCUUAUUGACGAAGAAAACAGAGAAGUCCUUGCUGCCAUCGAUCGCUCCAAACGAUCCUCAUCUCCUUUACCCAAAAUUGCCCACGCUCGAACCGCAACUCCUCCACCUCCCAUCCGAAGCAUGCUCGACGUGGACGAUCCUACACCAAGACAUGGCUCGAUCGCAGGCAUAGGAGUUGGAAUCACAAGCCCCAGGAAAUCCUCUAGAUUGGAUCCCGCAGACCCUUCGACCUACACCUCACCUCACUCGAGUAAGCCCAACUCGCCCGUACUCACCAAAGCCGUACCCGUCAGCACGCGACAACGAGGUUCUUCAGAUGCAGACAGACCGGUCGGCCUCCCCAAGAUACAACCGGAUGACAAACGGGAUUUUGAGCAAAACUAUCAAUUUGACAUAGCUUCUAUACCUUCCAGCGCAGGAAUACUGUCGAAGGCCGAAAGCAGGAGACCACGCGAGGGUUCGAGUCCAUCAAUGGCUGCUGCCAUGUCCGGCGACUUCUCGAAUUUAUACGUGACCAAGCCGAAAGGAAGUGGCAAAGGCUCUACAAAUCCUCACCACUCGAGAUCUGCUUCCUCACCGACAACAAGCUCCAAAUCAGAUUUGUUCAAUCCUCCCAGUCCCAGUGGACAGCUGCUGCUCGACCCUCGGAAUUCUGCCGGGAGUCAAACCUCCCAGAAAUCCGAUAGCUUUUCAACAGUCAAUGACGAUUCGGAAGAACCAUCUGGGCGAGUGCCACGGGACGGGAUGAGCGAAGAAGACGCUGUCGAAAGCAGUGACGACGAAGAGGUCAUGUCUCCCAGUAGCGACGAAGACGAGACGACUAGAGGUCGCUCAGAACGACGACCAAAUUCGACCGAGGAUCCGCAGACAAUAGCUCAAGCGUUGAGCAAAGGAAAAGAGAAAGCAUCAACUACAGCCCCGACCGUGAAGUCGCUCUUGGAGCCAUCAAUAUCCGUCACCAGCCCCUCAGGAGAGAACAUGCCUGAAAAGACGGAACCACAACCACUCAGUAAUAUUUCACAGCCACCUUCCAUAGCAUCUGUGGAGGACGAGGAUGAAGACUGGGCUGCAAUUCAAAAGGCCAAAAGGCUUGCCAUCAAUAUCUCGCCAGUCGAUUCCAGCGUUGCAAACCGCGAUUGUCGUGUGAUCCUCCGUGGUGACUGGCUUGGCUCUCAAAAGAAAGCGGAAGCCGGGCGUCGAACGAGCAGACUAUUUCUUGUGUGCAGUGAUCUCAGCGUCGAAGCAAGCUAUGCCAUGGAAUGGGUUGUCGGCACGAUGGUGCGUGACGGUGACACUAUCCUCGCCAUGUAUGCCAUCGAGGACGAGUCUGCUGGAAAGGCAUCGGAGGAGCAAAGAGAUGCACUUACCGCAGAGGGUGCUCGUGCGGGCCAGGAAACCGCAGAUGUAAUGGAAACACUUACGAGGCAAACGACACAGGGUGGUGGGACCAGUGCUGGCUUGAGCAAUAAAAACAAGUAUAUCCCAGCUACCGAGGCGGAAAGCUUGACAGGGUCAGUCGAUGCAAGGAAAACGUCAAAAAAACAAAUGGAGCGUCUUAGAGCGAUCGACUCGGUCAUCGAAAAUUUCCUCAAGCUCGUACGGAAGACGCCAUUGGAAGUCCGGUGUACGGUCGAAGUGAUCCAUUGCAAGAGCCCAAAGCAUUUGAUCUUGGGAGCGAUUGAUGCGCUAGAACCGACCCUUUGUGUUGUAGGCACCCGUGGCCGCAGCUCUCUGAAAGGUGUACUCCUAGGCUCCUUCUCCAACUACCUGGUGACCAAGUCUUCUGUCCCCGUCAUGGUCGCGCGUAGGAGAUUGAAGAAACCACGGUCAGACGUCAAGAUCAGCAGCACAAGAAUUCGGCUCAGCAAUAAUCUUUCCGCUACCCAUAUUCCAACGAAGCGAAGGAGUUUGACACAAGCCAGAAUCGAUUGAGUGAUUUCUUCGAGCAAUAGAUCGAGGUUCAAGUGACAAUGGUUCCAAGGCAUCAGAUAAAAAUUAAGGAGGCGAUACAACAGGGAAUUUGUCCGCCAUCUGUACAUUUGUUCCGAUAAACAUUGCCCUGUGGACCACUGUACAAAUAGCCAUUGGCGGUUCAAUGAUUGACAUCCGAAGACCAAACAACGGAUAGUGGGCGUGAAGAUAAAAGGAAUAACGAAAACAUCUAUGCCAUGACAGAUAUGAUAUUUGAGAUGAGACAUCAUUAUGGAAAAGGCGAACGUAGCCAACGUGAGGGAGAGGUUGACUUAUCAGGUGCAGCAUUCUAAGAAUUACAGGAGGAAGCGUAGCAUUCGCGUGCAUAAGAUACCAUACAAUACUGAUAGCUGGCUCAUAACCCUUCCUCUAACAGCG